UGACAAGUUGCAAGCCCUAUGGGGAUAGGUGGACUGGUGAGCCAUCUCAUUAAAUCAGCUCGUUCUGACAUAAUUAUCACCUCAGUCUCUUCCCUUGAGUUCUUCACGAGCGCUUUCCCUGCUGCGCAGCCUCCAUGACUCACACAGAACAAGUCAUAUCUGACAUUACGAUUGAACGAACGCAGAAGACAUUGGAUGAUGCCACCUCAAAUUUAAACUCGACUUUCGCUAGAAAGCUCGACAAGUGGGAUCAGGCAGAGAACUGCGUCAUCCAGACCGCUCAAGAAGUUGGAUCGGUGUACGAUUUCUAUACUCAGAAUGCAACCAUCAACUCUGCAUCUGAUGCGAUGGUCGCGGACCUAUCAAAGAAGAAUAUGGGCGACUUUCUGGGAGAGGCAAAGAAGGUGAUGGAGGCCCUGGAUGUUCUGCAACAGGUUCACCCGUUUGUCGGUGUGGCUAUACUUGCUUUCAAGGCUGUCGUGAAUCUCGAACUAACAAGAAGAGAAAACGAUCGUAGAGUUGGACUGAUGUUAGCUCAAGCAUCUGACAUGAUGACCAUGCUCCUCCAACUUAAGGACACCAGAGAUCCUGCCAUAGUGGGGUCUCAUGGCAACAUUCGGGGGCGAUUGGAUCGUGUCCUGGAUGGCAUCAAGCAAGACAUCGAAGAUUGCGGAAAUGCCAUCGACAAAUACUACAAGUCAAAAUUCAUGGUGAAAUUCUUCAGAUCCUCCCAUUGGGCAAGCGAAUUCCUCAGAGUUUGCAGCAGCUUUUCCCAACGUACGCAGGACCUCCAGCUCGCCUUAAAUAUCAGAAUUACGUUGAGAGUUGAUAUUGCCAUUGAUAAGCUAGACAAGCUGAUCCGGACGCAAACCGAACGCGAAGCAAGAUUCGAGAAAGAGGUGCAAAUGCGUGGUGGAAGAGAGAAAUGUUUGGAAAGCGAAGAUAAACUAGCAGAGCUACUGAAAAUCGCCGAUCCACGGGAAGGGCGUCCACAGAAUAAAGCGUAUGCUGAUGCGCCUACCAAAGAUGUCAACAAGCCUACUUCAAAGACCGCUUCUGCGAACGGAUCGGUUGGCGAGCAGUCCCGCCUUGAUGCAUCGCUGCUUCAUGAACUACGUGCUCCGUUACGCAACUUACUUGACGAGAAUCGCACGCUCUUCAUGUUUAAGCUUGAUGCACAGACAUCUGACAUCAAAGAUGCUAUCAAGGAUUCUGAAACGCGCAUUAUGUGGGCCUUCAACAGUAGAUUUCGACGGAUCAAGGAUCCGCACCUACGAUAUAUUUGGAAAGAGAUGAAAUGGACAACAAGUGUCAAGACACUAUACUUCAUUGCAGAACUCUAUGAUUAUUACGUGAACCGUUUUUCCCGUCUCCGUCAUAAUACUCCACCCCCAGAAGCAGAUUCAGAGGCUUCAUCGUUGGUGCUGCGAGUGCCAUCUCCAACUCCCACUGUCUCCGUCAUGUCCGAUUCAGAAGGAGAAGACCGCGAGCUUCCAGCAGCCGAUCCUUCAUACCAAGAACUUCCUACUGUCGAUCCUGCAGACAAAUGGUGCUUGAAAUAUUUGUCCGUCUUCUACGUUCCAAGUUUAUCCGAAGGCUUCGACGGCGAUGCGAAUGGCUUGGUUAGUAUAAGGGAAGUGAAUGCUUUUACGUCCGCAAUGCCUUUGGGUUGGACUCUGCCGCAAGCACUUGCAUACUGGGCUGCAGGUUGGAGAGUGGACAGCCAGUACUAUCAUGCACGAAUCGAGGAGGUCUUGAACAGCAUGGUUUACGCGCAAGCAGAUGUACUUCCAGAAAACAGGAGGUGCAUUGCCACAUACUUGAACUCAUAUGUCAUCGAUGAUAUCAAAAGGCUCGUCCGUUCUAUUGCAGAGCUUGGAUUGGAGGAUUCGGACUUGGAUCUCGCGCAAUUGACUGCUCGGCGUCGCGAGGCUCAAGAAGAGACAUUAGCGGAUAAGCUCAAGAUUGUUAAGUACGAAAUCGAUUCCAAAGAUUCUAUCAAGCUUUUUGGAUCUGGUCGCAUCGAAAAUUUCUUGCUGCCUUUGCUUUACCUCGUAAUCAGGAGGCAUUUACAGAUCAUGAAACUUGCUGCCACAGUGAUUCUAGUCGAGAGAGAGCUUGAAUCUUCAACUCAAACGAUAGAAAAUAUUUUGGAAGGGGUGUCUCUGCGCGUGGACCAACUGGCAGAAUCAUUUCGUCAACAAGGUAAUGAUCCAAAAGCGAGAUUCACGUGGUAUGCGCAUGGUUUGUACAACUCUUGGCAUAGUCCAGAAUUAACCACAGAUGACACCGAAUACUGGGAAACUCACGAUUUUGGGCUUGAUGUCAGUAAGCUUGAGAUCGAUUCAACAGCAUUGAAGCUCGGUCCUUUCAGUCUGAAAGAGGACAAUGAGGGGAUAGGAAGACUUGUCAAGCUCGUCGCAUUUAGUCCCGUUCAGCAGCCUGAAGCUACCAUGGACGAAUAUAUCCGUUUGCGGUGCAUGAAUGACUUGUCCAAUACGUGGGGCUACCCUUACGAUAUUCCGCCUUACUUAUCGUUGGUCGACAAAGAAAGGCUCGAUAUUCUGUCCCAAGAGUUACCGCCCACAGAUGUCGAACGCUGGGAUUCAUUCGCUGAACUUCAGAUGCGUAGACAGUUGUUCCAGUGUCAGUGCGACGCAUGUCAUUACCUUGUUAGUGAUAUCCUUCACCGUUGUAUAGAUUGCGAGUCCAAUGACUAUGAUGUGUGUGCAGAUUGCGAAUCUCAGCCGGUCUCAGAUCACAAAUACCCGUCCGACCACAAAUCGACACACAACAUGCUUGUCUUCCGCAUGUCGAUACCUCAUGGUCGCUACAGCAGAAUCCGGUGGUAUGCCAGGAAUUUCUUAUCCACUUGCGUGCCCGCUGUAGCACCACUAGAAGCACCAUUUGCUGUGCGAGAAGACGAAUCUCAGACGCAAUCAGAUGAGCCUGAACUUGCGCAUCCGAUAGAAGCUACUCGAGCAGACGAUUCUUCCACCUCUGUUGAUUUGCAGGAAGGUGAUGAGAAGCUGAACGGGAACCCGGGAGUAGUAUCUCAGGGGGAAAUACCUAAACCCUCAACCGCGAAUGGGGAUCUACAUACUUGUACUGAAUGCGGUGUCAAGAUCAAGGGCAUUUUUUAUGUAUGCCUUACCUGCGCAGGUCAGAUUUCCAUAUCUCUAACGGGGCACAUAGCUUAA